AUGACAAUCUUGCAGGAAAAAUUACCUAAAGAAAUUGCUUUCGAACUUUCACGGCUUGAACUAGGAAGGAUGGAUGCAUGGAACACGGAUAUGAUGUUGCAUGAAAUACACUGUAUACUUGAGGCAAGGGAGAGAGUAGGGUAUAACACUUAUACCAGUAAAGAUUUAUCGGAAGUAAUAUUGCCAGUCAUUAAAGUAAGGGUAAGCAACCCAUCGAAUGAAGCUAAAGACGCGGAAGUCUAUGUUCUGUUGGACAGUGGAAGUCAAAGAUCAUUCGUUACUAAUAAGUUGGCAAAACAACUAGAUAUUUUACUCCCGGAUAACGACAAACUAAUUCUUCAUACAUUUGCUGUACAGGACUCAACACGUCAUGUUCUACCUAAAGCUGAGUUAAAUUUACAUUUGACUGACGGGGUGUUGAAGUUACUACGAUUCAAUGUCAUUGAGAAUAUGACAACAAAGUUAAAUACGCGUGUAAUAGAUUGUACCGGAGUAACGUCUGCGAGUCAAUCAGUGAAGCCAUAUAUUUUAAUUGGUGUUGAUUAUUAUUGGGAGUUGAUAAAUUUAGGAUUAACGAAAACACGGGACGAAUUUUAUGUAGUGCCAACUAAGAUGGCAUCCUUAAAUAUGCGGGCAUGGGCAUCUAACAUUCCCAAAUUUAAUGAGUUGGUACCGGAAAGUGAUUUGGACAAGUCAAAGACGCAGAAGGUUUCAGGGAUACCUUGGCAGUUGGAUAAAGAUGAAUUUCAGUUGUGUUUCCGCAAGGGUAAACAUAAAGAUGAGAUCGUCACAAAACGUACCAUUUCAUCUCGACUAGCGCAAAAUUACGAUCCUUUAGGAUGGGCAGCUCCAUCUAAUCUUAAGGCGAAAUUAUUGGUCUAG